AAUAUCCUUGAUAAGAACUCUUUGCAAAAACACCUUCAUCACGUGUCGUAAUUUCAAAUAUUUCGCGGGUGUUGCUGUUUGUGUUCGUAGUGUCUGCUAGAUAUUGACAGUUUUGAAUAUGGCUGCAUGGAAUCCCAGUGUACCACGGACCACUCAACAAGAAUUGGAGGAAAUAAAAGUAUUACUUGAAUCAAAGCUCUCAGAUAUACAAACAGAGCUCCAGCAACUUCGUGACACUGAAGACAAUAAUCGACUUGGCCUGCUGCCAAGUGAAAAUUUAGAGCAGACUAAGAAGCUUUUGAUUCAGCAUUUGAUAGAGAGACUAACACCUCAAUCUCCAGAUUUUUUCAGGUCUGGAGAACUCAUGUUUAAAGCAGUACUUGAAAAAUUGGAAAUCCAACUAAAAGAAACUACCAGGAUGAUUGACAGUGAGAAGAGAGCAUUGAAUAAAUUAAAUAAAAAACUACAAAGUUUGCAGGCACAAUCGGAAUCAUUCGACACCAUCACAACUACAAGGCUUGAAUCAGGUGAAAUGAGACAGGCAGAGAAUCUUGAUAAAAUUGAAAAACAUCUGAACUCAGAAUUACAGAAACACAGGAAGGCACUGAAGUACGUGGUUGACAUAAACCAUCCUGGGGAUCAGGACAUGCGACGAAUAAUAACGAACUUGAUGCAGUUGUACAUUGAUAACCCAAGUGAAUAUAUUGAAUUAUCAGAGGAAGACCAUGGCAGAAUUUCAAGAUUUUUUCAAAUUGGAAUGAUUACUCGACAUCCAUAUGAUCCAAUGAAAGUGAGAUUGUCUUAUUGACAGUAAUUCACUUGCAAGUGACAAACACUGAUAAGGUUUACAGAUAUAAGAAACUUUCGAACUGCUGUUUCCAAAAUAGGUCUUACACAUCACAUCCAUGUUGUGUGGACAGUUCACUGUAUCCCUCUCAGAAAAGAAGUGAGGUUUCCUCAUAAAUGUAAUUAGUGAUCACUUUUUUGAAAAGAUAAGCUGAUUACUGUGCAUCUGUACUUGGAUUGUAGCUGCUUCUGUUUUCUUUCAUGAUGUAAUAAGAGUAUAAUGUCAAUGAAUUAAUGAAUGCCCUACAGACACGAGAUAUCUUGUGUUUUAAUAGAGGCCAAAUCACAGUAGUUCAAACAAUAGUUGAUUGCAGCAAAGAUGGUAGGUGUUCUUUCCUUCAUUUUAAAGCUCAGCAUAUGGAAAGACUCAAUGUUUUCUUUGAUUUUUGUGAAAUUGGGAAUGUUAGUAUUACUUUGUGCAAGCCUACCACAAAGGCCAACAGUUCUGUAAGAAUUACAAUGCGAAAUGCACUGGUCAGUCACCUGUAUAGUAUUAACUUUUGCAGUUGUUCAGAUUGGUAAGUUAUAUUACUGUGUGUGAUCAAAUGCAAGACGAUGAAAAAUAACUCAUCUGUAACUUAAUAUAUUACCAUUUAUGUAA